AUGACGUCUGAAUUUAAAUCAAAUCUGAAACCUAUUUUAAUUUUAUGCAAAGUUUUUGGUUUAAUUAAUAUGUCAUAUAUAUUUGAAUCUACUGGAUUAUUAGUCAAAAGUAGUACUAAUACAACACAUUAUGCAAUGCUUGAAUUAAUCCGAAUGUACACCUUGAUAAUGUUUACAUAUAUCGUUUAUAUUAGAGGAUUUUAUUACGUAGUAUAUUUCCGUUUAAUUAAAUUCUGGAUUGUUAUUAUUACAUCAAGAUUAUCAGAAAUGUGGAUGAUAAAGUUGAUCAAUGAAAUUAUAGAGUUUGAUAGAAAACUAAUACUUCUUUCACCGGCGUUCAUGGUGUAUCAUCGUUCAUUAAGUAAAAAGAAAUGGAUCAUUAUUUUUAUUUCGUUACUUUCAUAUUUUAUCGGGUACGAAGUGUAUGCUUUAUAUUUAUGGCAGCUGAAGACUAUAGAUAUGAGUACUGUACCAGUGUUAUUUUUUGGUAUGCCAUACAUAACGGAUUUUGUGGUUAUCAUCACAGUUUGUUUUUAUCUUAAUAAUUUAAGCAAUAGAUUUCAAACAUUAAAUGAUUUCUGGAAAUGUCUUCCUUCCGGAUUAAUCUCUACUCAUAGUGAAUGGACAAAUUCUGAAAUAGUUAUGUUGGUGGAAAGCAUUAGGUUAUUGCAUGCUAAACUAUCUGAAAUAUUAAAAAUAUUCAAUUUUAGCUACGGGUUAUUACUGUUAGGUUUCUUUGUGUAUAGCUUCAUAGAUUUUAUGUACAUAUUUUAUUUGAUGAUAUAUCAUGAGCUAGCUACACCAAAAGUCAGUUUUACCCAAAAUAUUAUAAAAUAUUUGCCACUACAUUUAUUCAACGUUCAACUAAUAGUUUUUUUGAUGUCCAUCAUUGUUGCUGUUUCAUGGAUAAAAGAAGAGAAAAAUAAAAUUAUAUCAUAUUUACGUUCAAGUCGGAUUUCAAAUUUGCCAGUUGACACAAAAAUUCAAGUUAAAAUGUUUAUGAAUCAAAUAAAUAUUUCGGAAUUUGAUGAAAUAUCAGCAUUGGGAUUUUUCAAUAUCAAUUUAAAUUUAGUCGUAUCAAUACUUGUACUACUAAUGACUGGAUUAGCGUCAUUAAUACAAUUGAGAAAUCAUCCAAUUAUUACUGCUAUGUUCAACAAUACUUUAUCAUUCUACACAAUUUGGAAAACUGAAAAUUCAGACACCAAUCGUUCAAAAAACAUUACACUCUAA